AAGAGUUACUGAAAUACUUCAUGUCCUGUUAGACAUCUGUGCUUGUGCGUGUGUGUCAUAUUUGUAAGUGGUCUUUAUCAGUGAGGGCCAGCUGGUAGUAACACACACUCGGCCUCUCAGAGAAGAGAAACAUACGCCUUCUCCUAAAGACACGCAACAUUGAAGUGAUUGGUAACCAUGAAGGGGCUUCUGUUCCUGUAUCUGCUCUUCUUGUUUGGAGCUCAAAGGACAUCAGCGUGCCCCCACCUUUGCUCCUGUCAUGGCAGUCAGGUGGACUGCAGCAGCAAGUCUCUCACCUCCUCCUCACUGCCCACCAGUUUCCCUACAGGAACCACCUCCCUCCUUCUCCACAACAACCGGCUGACGAGCCUCCCCAAUGGGCUCCUGGAUGACUUGACCUCCCUCCGCUCUGUCUCCCUUCAUGGUAACCCCUGGGAUUGUGACUGUGGCAUCCUCUACCUGCGAGCCUGGCUACUGCGUCAGCCUGCAACAAUCACAUCACACCUGGGCGUCAACUGCAGCUUCCCUCCUGGCCUGAGAGGGCGGCUGGUGGUGUACUUAACAGAGAAGGAGGUCCUGGAUACCUGCCAUUACUGGUACUGUGACUUGGCUCUGGCCUCGCAGGUGUGUCUGUUUGUGUUUGUUGUGGUGCAGGCGGCUCUGCUGGUGGCUCUCAUCGUAUUCCUGAGGAGGUUCGAGAGGCUGUCCAAAGAGGCAAAGAGAACCACGGAGGAGAGCUUCACAGCAGGGGAGAGUCUGAGGGAGAACGAGUACGCUCCUUUGAAGGACAGCAACAUCUGAGAUGGAGCUGUAAUGAUUUGUCUCUCACGUGCAUUUAUGUUUCAGACUAUACCAUAAAGGUUAGUUUGUAUGCACAAUCAGGUGACAAAUUAAAGGAAAACCCUGAAUAAAUGAGUAGAGAAAGAACAAAUGCAAAUGCUUACAAACAGGGAACCAGUGGAAAGGUUUGAGAAGUAUGUAAGUAAUAAUGUAUCAAAUGCUACAAACUGAGCACCUAUGGGAGAUUUGUGAUGGCCCAACACCUCACUAAGACAGUUUAUGUUGGUUUUUCCUUUAAUUUGUCAGCCAUCUGUUUAACACUGUAGAAUGAAAUGAAAAUGAAACGAUAGAUUAAACGUAACAUGCACUAGAGCCUGUCCGAUAUUGGAGUUUUGAGGCUGAUGCCAUUGUAGUUAUUUGAGAAUAAAAUUUCCAGUAACAAUAUAAUGGAUGAUAUUAAUUUUAAUAACAUUGACAGUUUUGGUAAGAAUCCUUUCAAUGUGGUUAUUAAACAAUUGUGACCCAAAAUAUGUACUGAGCUAUUGAAAAAUGAACUUGCCAGUAAUGUGUUGUGUAAAACUCUGUAAACUUCUAUGAACAUAUCACUUUGUUACUUAUCAGCCAUACGUUCAUACAGAUUUAUCUAUUUUCACAUCAGAUGAUAAUAUUGCAAAUUGGUUAGCCUGCACUGCACAUUUGUACUCAUUACACUUGCUCACAAUAACCUCUUCUUAUGGACAUGAUAAUAAUGAUCACAUGAAGAAACGCCAAAUUUCUAUGUAUAGUUUGACAACACAGAUCCUUUCUGCCAUGUGGUUGAAAUAUCCAAUUUAAAUUUUCUAUUUCCAAAGCUCAUGUGGUUGAAAACUAAUAAAUAAAAAUUUGUUUUAG